CGCCCAGCCCUCGCGCCCGCUGCGCCCGAGCCCGCGGCCAGGCCUGAGUGGUCGGCGGCCGCCGUCAUGGCGUCCCAGCCGAAUUCCUCCGCGAAGAAGAAAGAGGAGAAGGGGAAGAAUAUCCAGGUGGUGGUGAGAUGCAGACCUUUUAAUUUGGCAGAGCGGAAGGCCAGCGCCCUCUCUGUGGUAGAAUGUGAUCACGCACGAAAAGAAGUUAGUGUCCGAACUGGAGGACUGAAUGACAAGAGCUCACGGAAAACAUACACUUUUGAUAUGGUUUUUGGAGCAUCCACUAAACAAAUUGAUGUUUACCGAAGUGUUGUUUGUCCUAUUCUGGAUGAAGUUAUUAUGGGUUAUAAUUGCACUAUUUUUGCAUAUGGCCAAACUGGCACUGGAAAAACCUUUACAAUGGAAGGUGAAAGGUCACCUAAUGAAGAGUAUACUUGGGAAGAGGAUCCCUUGGCUGGUAUAAUUCCACGUACACUUCAUCAAAUUUUUGAGAAACUUACUGAUAAUGGUACUGAAUUCUCAGUCAAAGUGUCUCUGUUGGAAAUCUAUAAUGAAGAACUUUUUGAUCUCCUUAAUCCAUCUUCUGAUGUUUCUGAGAGACUACAGAUGUUUGAUGAUCCUCGUAACAAGAGGGGAGUAAUAAUCAAAGGUUUAGAAGAAAUUACAGUACACAACAAGGAUGAAGUCUAUCAAAUUUUAGAGAAGGGGGCAGCAAAGAGGACAACUGCAGCAACUUUGAUGAAUGCAUACUCUAGUCGUUCCCACUCAGUUUUCUCUGUUACAAUACAUAUGAAAGAAACUACAAUCGACGGAGAGGAGCUUGUUAAAAUUGGAAAGUUGAACUUGGUUGAUCUUGCAGGAAGUGAAAACAUUGGUCGUUCUGGAGCAGUUGACAAGAGAGCUCGGGAAGCUGGAAAUAUCAAUCAAUCCCUGUUGACUUUGGGGAGGGUUAUUACUGCACUUGUAGAAAGAACACCUCAUGUUCCUUAUCGAGAAUCUAAACUAACUAGAAUUCUCCAGGAUUCUCUUGGAGGACGUACCAGAACAUCUAUAAUUGCAACAAUUUCUCCUGCAUCUCUCAAUCUUGAGGAAACUCUGAGCACAUUGGAGUAUGCUCAUAGAGCAAAGAACAUAAUGAAUAAGCCUGAAGUUAAUCAGAAGCUCACCAAAAAAGCUCUUAUUAAGGAAUAUACAGAAGAGAUAGAACGUCUGAAGCGAGAUCUUGCUGCAACCCGUGAAAAAAAUGGGGUAUACAUUUCAGAAGAAAAUUUUAGAGCCAUGAGUGGAAAACUAACUGUUCAAGAAGAACAGAUUGUAGAAUUGAUUGAAAAAAUUGGUGCCGUUGAAGAGGAGCUCAAUAGAGUUACAGAAUUAUUUAUGGAUAAUAAAAGUGAACUUGACCAGUGUAAAUCUGACCUGCAAAGUAAAACACAGGAACUUGAAACUACUCAGAAGCAUUUACAGGAAACCAAAUUAGAACUUGUUAAGGAAGAAUAUAUCACCUCAGCUUUGGAAAGCACUGAGGAGAAACUUCAUGAUGCUGCCAGCAGGUUGCUUAACACAGUUGAAGAAACUACAAAAGAUGUAUCUGGUCUCCAUUCCAAACUGGAUCGUAAGAAGGCAGUUGAACAGCACAAUGCAGAAGCGCAGGAUGUUUUUGGCAAAAACCUGAAUAGUCUAUUCAGUAGUAUGGAAGAAUUAAUUAAGGAUGGCACUUCAAAGCAAAAGGCAAUGCUAGAUGUUCACAAGACCUUGUAUGGUAACCUUCUAUCAUCCAGUGUCUCUGCAUUAGACACCAUUACUACGACUGCACUUGGAUCUUUCACAUCUAUUCCAGAAAAUGUGUCUACACAUGUUUCUCAGCUUUCUAAUACGAUAUUGAAAGAACAAUCGUUGGCAGCAGAGAGUAAAACUAUACUUCAGACAUUAAUUAAUGAACUCAAGACAGAACUUCUAAGUUCACUGGAAACAAUUUUAUCUCCCGCGGUGGUGUCUAUACUGAAAAUCAAUAAUCAACUAAAGCAUAUCUUUAAGACUUCAUUGACAGUGACUGAUAAGAUAGAAGAUCAGAAAAAGGAAAUGGAUGGCUUUCUCAGUACAUUGUGUAAUAAUCUACAUGAACUACAAGAAAAUACAAUUUCUUCCUUGACUGAAUCACAGGAGCAGUGUGAAAACUUAACUGAACACCUGAAGACAAUAAAGAAAAUCCAUUCACAGGAACUUUGCCAGUUAAUUAAUCUUUGGACAGAGAGAUUCUGUGCUUUGGAGGAAAAGUGUGAAAAUAUCCAGAAACCACUUAUUACUAUCCAAGGCAAUACAGAGCUGAAAUGUAAGAAUAUAAUCAGCAAAACAGCUUCUUACAAUACAAAAUUUUGUGCUGAUUGUGAUGAUGUGUCACGUGAACUCAAACAUUUUAACCAAGAAGGUACAAAAUUGGUUGAAGAGUCUGUGAAUCACUGUGAUAAACUCAACAGCAACCUUGAAAUAAUAACUCAAGAGACUGAACAGCGAUGUGAGACUCUGAACAUGAAUACACUUUGUUUUUCUGAGCAGUGGGUAUCUUGUUUAAAUAAAAGGGAAGAAGAACUUCAGAACUUACUGCAGAUUGUAAACCAAGAUUGUGAGACUUCAUGUUCAAAGAUUAAUGAAAAAUUAAGUGAACAUAAAGCAGCUCAUGAGAAUCAACAUAGUGUUUUUCUUGGUCGGAUAACUAUUGAUGAAAAAAAUACAAUGGCACAAAGUCUGGAACUUGAUGAGAACAUAAAAAUUGGUUUGACUACGCUUAAUUGCUUUCUGCAGCAAGAAUUGAAACUAGAUACCCCAACAGGUACAACACCACAAAGGAAAAAUUAUUUAUACCCAUCAACAUUAGUGAGAACCCAACCACGUGAACAGCUCCUUGAACAGUUGAAAAGGAAACAGCCUGAGCUUUUAAAGAUGUUAAACUGUUCAGAAAACAAUAAAGAAGAGACCUGUCAGGUUUUGGAUGAAGAAAAGACAGAUCUGGGGAAUACCGCUGAAGAACCCCCAAGUCAAGAGACAUCUGUAGAUACCAGUAUGGAUUGUCCAUCAAGUGGUGGAGUUCCAUUUUUCCAGCGUAAAAAAUCACAUGGAAAAGACAAAGAAAACAGAGGUGUCAAUCCAGUGGAGAGGUCUAAAGUAGAAGAAACUACAGAACAAUCUGUCACAAGGAGCAGAUUACCUCUGCGAGCCCAGCUCAAUCUUUAGUUAAUUUGAGGAUCGGUACUUUCAUUUUUUAAGAAAAAUAAAAACUGUAACCUCAGAAUUUGAGCCUGUGUAUAGAUUUUAAAUGAAUAGACUAUAUCGAGGCAAUUCUAUCAAUUUAGUUGUGUUUAAUAUGUCUACCCAUUUUUCUGUCAAACCUUUAGUUCACUGUAUUAAGUUUAAUUUGGCAUUUACAUUGAGUAAAUAUGCAUUUCUAGCUUUUGUAAAAUAGCCUUUCAUAACAAAUGAAAACUAUUUUUCUUGUAUAUUAUUAAGUAGCAGAUAAUAUAGAAGCUGCAGUGUUCUUCCAGACUUGACCUUAUGUGGGUAAAUAUUACCAAUACUUGUCCUCAGGAAGGAUCAUCUCCUGUCUUUUCUUGCUGUGAUUGAAUUAUGCCUGUACUUGCUGCUGCCUUUUCUAGACUUUCCCAUUCUGCCUUUUCAGCUCAUUUUCUCCUUUUUGACACCAAACCAUUUGUAGAGCUAUAAAAUAGUAUCCAUUCUUAUUAUUAGAAUUUACCUAGAAAUCUGUAACAUUUCUGUGAUUAUCUUUAAAGUUCACUGUCAACAAUAACAGAACCCCAAUAGUUACCCUUCAUUCAAUAUUUUAAAUUUGUUUCCCCCAUAUGUAAAAACAUUGUAUUCCUUUUAGAGGCCUAACACAUUAUUCCCUCCUCCCCCACAAAGAGUUGAUAAAAAGCCAAGUUACCUAGAAUAUGAAUGGCUAUUAUGGGAGAACUACCUAAAGCUCUGCUUAACAACUAUUGGCUCCAUUUUAAGGCCUGUGUCUUGAGUAGAAAGUUAGUAAUUUUUAGACUUUUGAAGAUAUUAUGACUAUAACUUAUAUACUUUGUCUGAUGAAACUUUUUUCUUUGUAUAUAAUAAAGUGAGUUUAUUUUUCUCCAUUGAAAUCUUAAACCUUAAAAUGGUGCUUACAGUUUAAUCCAAAAGCCAAAUUUCUGAAAGUUGAGAUGUUUCAGCAUGAAGAACUAGAACACUUAGAAGGAAUAUAUAUAUAUAUAUACAAAGAAUAAAUUUUAUGUCCACAUCAAGUUUGGUGUAUAAAUUUAGAAAUAUUAAACUUUUAUAGCUAUGUAAAACUAAACCCUAUUGAAAUAUUACAAAAUGUGCUACUUCGAGGAACUCUAUUUACCUUGCAGAAAUAUUAUCUUAAUAAAACAUAUAAUUUCUUGGCAAAAUCAGAUGUCAACAUAAGCUGUGUAUAAUAUCAGAAAAUAAAUCACCCUUGGUAAAACCUGUGAUUAAUAAAUUUGGUUUCUGCAUUAAUUUGCUUGCCCCAUUAUCUGGCAGUGGUUAUGGCUAUAGGAUUAAGCAACUUGUAUUACAAUUCCUAGAAUAAACUUCUAUACAGG